AUUUUUUUUCUCUAAAAAUUUUUUUGUUUACAUGAAGCAAUUUUGUUAUUUUCUCUCAUUAACAAUUAGUUAUAACCUUUUAAUUGUGUUUAAUUAAACUGAGUGUAUACAGUUUAAGGUAAUUAAGCCUAAUGGAUAAUUCAAAUUGGUGGAAACACGUUAUCGCUGGUGCAUUUGCUGGUGGUGUUUCGAGAACGGUAACCGCUCCAUUAGACAGAAUUAAGGUUCUCUUACAGGUCCAAGGGGCUCAAUUAGUCAGUAUAAGAGGUUGUUAUUAUUAUAUGAUUAAAGAGGGGGGUGUUAAAUCGUUCUGGAUGGGAAAUGGUAUAAAUGUGAUGAAAGUAGCUCCAGAAAAUGCCUUGAAAUUUACUUUCCAUGAUCAGAUUAAACUUCUCAUGCAUGAUCAGAUGAAAACUGAACUUGGCUUUAUAGAGAGAUUCAUUUCCGGGUCCAUUGCUGGAUCUUUUUCUCAGACUGUGAUAUACCCGAUGGAGGUUUUAAAAACUCGUUUCUGUCUUCGUAAAACUGGACAAUAUAAAGGCCUUUGGGAUGCCAUAGUUAAGAUUUACACAACUGAAGGAGUUCGUGCUUUCUAUAAAGGUUAUAUUGCCAAUCUUCUUGGGAUCAUACCUUACGCUGGAAUAGAUUUAGCCACUUAUGAGACCUUGAAAAGAAUGUACAUUCAAAGACAUCCAGGGAACCCACCAUUAGGACUUUAUCUUGUCUGUGGGACUGUCAGUAAUAUAACGGGUGUUUGCAUCGUCUACCCAUUAACACUAAUAAGAACUCGUUUACAAGCUCAAACAUCUGAUUCAGUUUUACCUAUUUUAAUGGUAUUCAAGAAAAUCAUCGCCGAGGAAGGUUACUUUGGAUUAUAUCGAGGAAUAUUACCCAAUUUUCUCAAAUGUACUCCAGCAGUUAGCAUUAAUUACUUUAUUUAUGAAUUUACACGUAUUCUACUCGGAGCUGAAAUGUCUUGACGACACUUAGUCAUAGGUAUCAACAUUUCAUUUCACAACAAAAACACCCAGAGAUUUAUUAUUAUGUAUAUUUAAAAUGCUUAAAUAACUAAGAUCAUCCAAAAAAACUGUUCCUCAUCUCGAUUUCACAUGAGCCAACAACAAGAACCACCAACAAUCAACAUCAUCUAAUUUUCAAUUUUAUGGGCCAGGGAUUUACCUCGUAUUCACAUUACUCUUUUUCUCGCACAUUUUUUUCAGUCUUUUUUUCAUUUUCUUUUUUUCUCUUUCAUGUAAUUUCUCUCUCACUCUCUCUCUCUUUCUCCUAUCAGGACCUUUGACAUCUUUUUCCAUUUUGCUGUUAAUUUAUUCACCUUUAUAUUGUUUCCUUUUUCUCUUACUUUCGUUUUCCUCCACAAUGGAUUUCAAAUGAAACAAGCAAGAGGUGCGAAUCUAAAUUAUACAGAUGACCAACGAAUUAAGUUGAUUAAUUAAAUGUAAAUAUUUCUACAGGUUUUCCUC